AUGAAGUGGCUUGUAUGUGUCCUUGCCGUGCUCCUGCUCAGCCUCCAAGUCAAGGCGCUUCCUCAUGAAAGCUUAGAUCAGGGUGAUCCAGCACCACCUUCAGGAGAUGCAGGCAACCAUGAAACCCCCAACAGUGGCGAUCCCAAUAACCUCCCACCCUUGUUACCAAUACCUGAUCCAGCCACACCCGAGCUGGUACCUAGUCUGCCUAUGGAAGGAGGAUAUGGCAUCUCCUACGCCCCCUACAACGAUGACGGGACCUGCCGAUCCGUCGAUGGAAUUAACGAAGACCUGGACACGAUAAGCACAGAUUACAGCUACGUCCGUAUCUACGGCGUUGACUGCGACCAGACCAAAAACAUCGUAUCCGCGGCCCGUCAACGUAACCUCCGCGUCUUCGCUGGCCUCUUUGACCUGCAGGACUUCUCAAGCAGCCUCGACCAAAUCAUCUCUGCAGCAGCAGGUGACUGGUCCACCUUCCACACGAUCAGUAUCGGCAACGAACUCGUCAAUAAAGGCCAAAACCCGCAAGACGUAGUAAACGCCGUGCACACCGCACGCGCUAAACUCCGUGCAGCAGGCUACCAAGGCCCUGUCGUGACAGUGGACACGUUCUCCGUCCUUCUCAGACACCCCCAACUCUGCGAAGCAUCCGAUUACUGCGCAGCCAACUGCCACGCCUUCUUCGACGCGAAUCAAAUCCCCGACAACGCGGGAAAAUAUGCCCUCGAACAGGCGAACCGUAUCUCGGCCGCAGCAGGCGGGAAACGCACCGUGAUUGCUGAAUCCGGCUGGCCGUACCGCGGCCAAGCAAAUGGUAAAGCUGUCCCCUCUGUCAGGAACCAGGCCAUCGCGCUCCAUGCCCUGGGGUACUCGUUCCGGGAUCGAAAGGAGGAUAUGGUGCUUUUCUCGGCCUUCGAUGAUCUCUGGAAACAAGAUGAGCCUGGGACUUACGGCGCUGAGAAAUUCUGGGGUAUUAUGAGGCGUUGA